AUGCAGCUCAUUUCCUAGUAAAUCCARUUCCUCAAUUCUUUUGGGCCAUCGGUCCUUCCUUGAAGUGGGGUUAUUAAUCAUGUUAGUCAACCUCACACCACACUCAGCUCUUAUCAGCUGUACUUUGCCACUUUCUAUUAGUCAUUAAUGAGUAUAUUAUAAAUAACAUCCAUCUGUAGUGUGGACAGGACUCUACGUCUCUUCAUCUGGACAUAAGGUAACAAGUUUCACCACCAUGUGAGGCUUUAGAUCURAGCUUCUACUAAGAGAUUAGGCUUUUAUUUUGAAAAGAAAAUUAAUUCACCAUUUUCCUAUUUACUUGUUAGUAGUGGUCUUAAAGUUAAAAAAAAUGUUUUUAAACUGACUGAAUAGUAUUUUUCUACAUUUUCUGUUCACUGAUGUGAWACAGAAAUGUUCAGAAACGGUCAAUUGAUUUUGCAGCAGCGGUUUAAAUCUCCGGUGUCAGUGGUCAUAUUGUCUUAUUUCACUGUUUUCUGCUCAUUCAGACUUCAAAUCUGCAGCGGUGGGAACUCCAAACACAAACAUGACUAAACUACUCACAGGUAAAAUGAAUUUAUUCAUUAAUUUAGCUGUGCGUCACACGCACAUUAACAGAUUCAGAAAAGCUAAACAAUUUAAAUGCUGUUAUUUUUCGUAUUUUAAUUCUCAGUUGGACGUUUUGGAUUAAAAAAAGAUCAAACAAUUGACAAAAAAGUGAUUCUCUGACAGUUGAGGCCAGACUUUGUGCUUUAGGCUUGGUUCAGGAAGGGUUUGGGUACAGACCAAGUGAAAAUGUGCCUAAUGAAGAGUUUAACAAAACCUCUUUCCUAUGACUGUUUUCACGUUUUCUCAUUUUCUCAAUUUUCCUUUUUGUCAGUUGCAGCUGUGGGCAUUCUGCUUGUCCUGCAUGUUGCUUCAUCCAGCAAGCUGGUGUGCCACAUGACCAACUGGGCCCAGUACAGACCCGCCACUGCCAAAUUCACCCCUGACAACAUUGACCCCUUCCUGUGCACYCAUGUCAUCUACUCUCUGGCCACCAUCAACAGCUUCAACCAGAUCACCACCGUGGAGUGGAACGAUAUUGAGCUCUACAACGGCCUGAACAAACUGAAGAACUACAACCCAGCACUGAAAACUCUGCUGUCAGUUGGAGGCACAGUUAAUGGAGUGAGCCCAUUCAUUGCCRUGGUCAUGAAACCCGAAAGUCGUGCAGCUUUCAUCUCUUCAGCAAUCAGUUUUCUGCGUACUCAUGACUUUGACGGUAUUAACCUGGACUGGCAGUAUCCUGGACACAAUGGCAGCCCAGUACAGGACAAGGAGAGGUUCACUCUGCUGGUGGCGGAGAUGAACAAAGCCUUCGAGGAUGACGCCAAAGACAACAAGAGGACAAAGCUGCUGCUGUCGGCCAAUGUUGCUGGAAUCAUGUCAACCGUUGACAGAGCGUACGAAGUCACCAAGAUCACACCUCACCUUGAUUUCCUGAAUGUGAUGACCUAUGACUUCCAUGGACAUUGGGAAWCCAGAACUGGACACCACAGCCCACUGUACCGCAGUGCUAUUGACUCUGGGACACAUCUGCAUUACAACAUUAACUCUACUGUGUCCUACUGGCUGGCUCUGGGAGCCCCAGCUGAGAAGGUGCUWAUGGGUUUCACUACAUACGGCCGAACCUACCACCUGACCACAUCAGCCAAUGGCCUCGGAGCUCCAGCCAACGGACCUGCAGAUGCUGGACCCUACACUCGCACUGCAGGUUUCUGGGCCUACUAUGAGGUCUGUGACUUCAUCCACAGUGCAACAACCGCAUGGAUCCCAGAGCAGGAGGUUCCAUAUGCCACCUUUGGCAGUUCCUGGGUGGGCUACGAYGACAAACGCAGCUUUUCCUCAAAGGUCCAGUGGCUGACCAGAAACCAUCUGGGUGGAGCUCACGUGUGGACUCUGGACAUGGAUGACUUUAGUGGGUACUUCUGCUCAGAUGGAGCCUAUCCUCUGAUCAACCACCUCAGGACGUCAAUGGGGUUUGUUCCAAAGCCCACCACCACCCCAGGUCCCACCACCACCAGAGAUCCCAAUGCAAACUUUUGUUUUGGCCGUCCUGAUGGACUGUAUGAGAACACGGCUGAUAAGACCACCUACUUCCAGUGCUUCCAAGGAAACACCUACCUUCAAUACUGCCAGCCUGGCCUCAUCUUCUACGACUCCUGCAAGUGYUGCGACUGGCCUUGAGCUCCAGAACUCAGCUGGUCCAUUAUGUAUCAGUACAAUCUGUUCAGGGUUCAGCAGCGAGCAAUGGUUCUGGUAAACAUCCAAAAUGGAAACCAAUCAGAAAACUGUUCUUUGCACCAAAAAUUAAAAAAAAAGUUUCUUUAAAAAGUGUUGUGUAUAAAAUGUAAACAUUUGAAUCCACAAAUAAAAACGUACAAUUUGAAUUCCUCAUCACCUCA